AGACCGCUCAGACUUAGUGACCUUAAUCCUUUCCAAAAACUCCUGGGAAUUCUCGGGUUAAUCCCGUCUCAUCUCUCGCGAGAUUUGGAACCGGAAGUGAAAUAUAUUUCAGGCGCCUGGACAAGGUGGCGGCUCAGUUCACGUUGGCGGGAGGGAGCCGAGCGAUCGAUCCGUCGGGCUUCGGCUCUUCGAUCGGGGCUCGCUCCGCGCUAGGGGGUUGCGGGCAGCGCGCCCCCGCCCCGGGCCCGGCAGGAUGCGGGUGGCCGUGGCCGGCUGCUGCCACGGGGAGCUGGACAAGAUCUACGAGACGCUGGCGCUGGCGGAGCGGCGCGGCGCGGGGCCCAUCGACCUGCUGCUGUGCUGCGGCGACUUCCAGGCGGUGCGCAACGAGGCGGACCUGCGCUGCAUGGCCGUGCCCCCCAAGUACCGCCACAUGCAGACCUUCUACCGGUAUUACUCCGGAGAGAAGAAGGCCCCUGUUCUCACAGUCUUCAUUGGGGGAAACCACGAAGCCUCAAAUCAUUUGCAAGAGUUACCCUACGGUGGCUGGGUAGCACCAAACAUUUAUUAUUUAGGUUUGGCAGGUGUGGUAAAAUACCGAGGUGUAAGGAUUGGUGGAAUCUCUGGUAUCUUCAAAUCUCAUGACUAUCGAAAAGGUCAUUUUGAGUGCCCUCCUUAUAAUUCAGCUACAAUAAGGAGUAUAUAUCAUGUGAGAAAUGUUGAAGUGUAUAAAUUAAAACAGCUGAAGCAGCCUAUGGACAUAUUCUUAUCUCAUGAUUGGCCAAGAAGUAUAUACCAUUAUGGAAAUAAGAAGCAACUUCUUAAGACUAAAUCUUUUUUCCGACAAGAAGUGGAAAAUAACACCUUAGGAAGUCCUGCUGCCUCAGAGCUUCUAGAGCACUUAAAACCAACUUACUGGUUUUCCGCACACCUUCACGUGAAGUUUGCAGCCUUGAUGCAGCAUCAGGCCAAGGAUGAAGGAGAGACUGCCAAAGCAACCAAAUUUUUAGCCUUGGACAAAUGCUUACCACAUAGAGACUUUCUUCAGGUAAUAGAAAUAGAUCAUGACCCCGGUGCUCCUGAUUACUUAGAGUAUGAUAUUGAAUGGCUCACUAUUCUCAGGGCUACAAACAAUCUUAUUAAUGUAACUGCACGCCUGUGGAAUAUGCCUGAAAAUAAUGGCCUGCAUACAAGGAGCGGCCAGAAGAGAGACAUGCUGAGGGAGCUCCAGCUCUCCCUGUUGGUCAUGCUGAUGCUCUCCUGUGGCUUCCUCUUCCAGCUCACCCUGAAGUCCAGCUGCCUCUUCUCCUGCCUGCCCCCCGACAAGUCCCAGCAGGGGCUGGAAGCCCUGCUGGGCAAGGGACGCAGCAUCGUGUUCCUAGAGACCUCGGAGAGGAUGGAGCCGUCCCCGCUGGUCUCCUGCGCUGUGGAGUCCGCCGCCAGGGUUUACCCUGAGCAGCCGGUGGUGUUCUUCAUGAAGGGUCUCAGCAGUUCCACGCCGCUGCCCCCAAACUCCACGUACCCAGCCUUUUCCCUCCUCUCGGCAAUAGACAAUGUUUUCCUCGUCCCUUUGGAUAUGAAAAGCCUGUUUGAAGACACACCAUUGUCUUCAUGGUACACUCAAGUCAACGCCAGCGCAGAGAGCCACUGGCUGCACGUCAGCUCGGACGCGGCCCGCCUGGCCGUCAUCUGGAAGUUCGGGGGCGUGUACCUGGACACGGACGUCAUCUCCAUCAGGCCGGUCCCCGCGGGGAACUUCCUGGCGGCGCAGGCCUCCCGGUACUCCAGCAACGGGGCGUUCGGCUUCGGCGCGCGCCACGCCUUCCUGUGGCGGUGCAUGGAGAACUUCGUGGAGCACUACGACUCCGGGGUCUGGGGCCGCCAGGGCCCGGACCUCAUGACCAGGAUGCUGAGGGUGUGGUGCAGGCUCGAGGACUUCCGGCGGGAGCUGGGCGACCUCCGGUGUGUGGACGUGUCCUUCCUGCACCCCCGGAGGUUCUACCCCAUCCCCUUCCCCGAGUGGAGGCGCUACUACGAGGUGUGGGCCCCGGAGGAGCCGAGCUUCAACGGCUCCUACGCGCUGCACCUGUGGAACUACAUGAACCGGGAGGGCAAGGGCGUGGUGCGGGGCAGCAACACGCUGGCGGAGCGCCUCUACCGUCAGCACUGUCCCAGGACCUACCGGCACCUGGUCCGGGGCCCAGAGCGGGGGGUGACUGGGGAGUUGGGCCCAGGGAACAAAUAGGGCCAACAUGCUUGUUGCUGCUACAUCAUGGAACUAGAUACACA